AAUUUAAACUUUGUUGUGAUUUUUUUUCAUUCUCAGCUGAUAUUUGAACUUGAGUAGUGAGUAUUUGAAAAUAAAGUUGAUAAAAACCCUGAAAAUAUAAUAUAUAAAAGAAACAAUUAUCUAUAUAAAUCAUAGUCAAUUAAGAUUUGGUUUCAAAAUAAUGAUGCAAACACAUUACGUGAACACAAUACCACAGUUUCUCUACAGAAGAAUGUCAGAUUAUUCAAAUAACAUAAACCGAGUAAUACUGCGAAAUCAGAGCACGAAAGCUACAAAGGAAAAGACUGCCAGUUCAGUGUACCGUACCAUGAACAUAUUUGAUAGAAAAGCGAAGAUAUUACAGAAGGAACGGGCAGCUCAAAGUGAGGAUUACCAUUUGUCGGAGUACAUAAAAGAAGAGGUUGGUUGGCGGACCGCAGAUCGAGUUUUCGAUAUUAAAAGAUUGUUUACCAAUGCUGUUGAAUUGGGAGCUGGAAGAGGCUAUGUGUCCCGCCACUUCUUACCUGACAGUGUAGAGAGUGUUACACUAUGUGAUUCCUCACAGACACAUUUAGACAAAGCAAUUGUGGGUGACGGAGUGAAGUUUAAAAAGGUUGUAGUUGAUGAAGAGAAUUUUGAAUUCCCAGCAAAUAGUGUGGACUUGCUAGUAUCUUCGUUGGCUCUGCACUGGGUCAAUGAUUUGCCAGGCUGCUUCGACAGAGUUAUGAAAUGCUUGAAACCUGAUGGGGUAUUCGUAGCGUGCGUGUUCGGUGGAGACACGCUCAUGGAGCUCCGCCAGGCGCUGCAGCUGGCGGAGACGGAGCGCCUGGGGGGAGUACAUCCCCACAUCUCCCCCUUCACCAGGAUACGGGACAUUGGGGGGUUGCUUAAUGCGGCGGGCUUCACCCUGCAGACAGUGGACGUGGACACGAUGACGAUCUGGUACCCGUCGCUGUGGCAUGUGGUAGGCGACGUGCGCGCGCUGGGCGAGGCCAACGCGGCGUUCAAUCGCCCGCUGCGGCUCGACCGCGCCUCGCUCUUCGCCGCCGCCGCUGUGUACGACGAGAUGUAUGGCAAGGAAAUCCCAGACCGCAAAACCAGGGGUGUUCCAGCCACUUUCCAGAUUAUAAACUUCCUCGGCUGGAAACCAGAUCCGACGCAACCCAAGCCGAUGGAGAGAGGCACUGGCGAGCUGUCGUUGAAGGAUUUGCACAAAAUAGAUGAGAUUAUUAAAGAUACAAAGAAAAUAGAACUAACUGAGGAUGAUAAAAAAUAAAUAGACAGAGUUCUAAUCUAUAAAA